ACAGUUACAAUUACAAAUUGAUACCAAAAUACCAAACUCUUCAGUACCUACCACCAACAAAACGUACCUAAUCUUUCCGUGGCGAGGUGUAAUAAGGCAAACAAAAGGUAGAUCCUGAGGAAGCUUUGAUUUUUCUCUAUACUGCUGCUGCCGCUACUACCACAUGCUAUGAGGUGUUCGUGUCUACUGCUGGCCUUGGUAGCGGGUGCCGCCGCGGACGGCACCACGUCGCCAAGACGGACUCAUAAGAAUGACCUGACUUCGAAGUCGUCAAGAGAAAUCCCCGAAGCUUUGAGCUGGUUCUACGCUAGAGUCGAGGACAGAAAGAAAGCGGCGGGUGCGGCGUUAAGGAGCCGCGAAAACGACAGCUUCGAGGAUGACGCCGACUUCGAUGACAACCUUAAAGACCUCGAGCUAGCUCAGGCAGAACUCGACGAUCGGGAUUUCCAUCAGCACGAGGAGGAUGAUGACGACGAUGAUGAUGAUGGGCCAGGGCCAGGGCCGGGUGACCACGGAAAGGGCGACGGCCACGACGGGAACGGCAAGGUGAUAGCCGGCGGCGUUGUGGGCGGCUUUAUCGCGCUGUUCCUCAUCCUCUGCAUCUGGUACUUCCUGCGCAUCCGCCCCAAGCGGAAGCAAAGACUCGCCGACGCCGCCAGGAAAGAAGCCGAGCUCGAGCAAGGCUACGGGCCCUCCCCCAACUCCAGCGCACACCCCCUAAGCUCGUUCCCGAGCCCCGCGGGCCCGGCGGCCCAGAACCAGCACGUCCGCUACGCGAUGCCCACCCCCUUCCCGGCACGCGCGCCCUCGGUCCAGACGGAAUCCACCAUGUCGGGCCUGGCUCUGCCCACGCCGGCGCUGACGUACUCGCCGUCCGUCUCGUCGCCCGGCGCUACGCCCAACAUGCCCGCUGCCCAGCCGCGAGAACCUGGUGCCGAGACGCCGCCGACGUACGCCGUGGCGGUCGCGCUCCAGUCCACCGAGCCGCAUCCUGAGGCGAGUUCGUAUCAGAUGGGGCAGACGCCAGCGCCGUCGGAGCCGCCGGUGUACCACUUGCCGGUAGCGGCGCCGGGACCUGGGGCGACGGACAUGAAGGGGCAGCCUAUUUCUCGGUAUUAGGAAGUAGAUGACGAACGAUGAAGGGAUGGAUCGAUGAACAGUGGAUAGAUGAAUGGAUGAAGGGGUAAGGGGUAAGGGGCGGUGCCAGACUUUUCUUACGUGUUUAAGCACAUAGGUACCCC